GCUGCGUUCCGGGUCAAUUAUAUAAUACUCGACCUGCAACAAAACGACCCAAAUCUAAUCUGCCUGCGUGAGAGCCUGCUAUGCAGUCCGCUGCGAGGGGCUGCCACGCCCCCGCGGGGCUUAGCUCGAGCUUGCUACGUAGUCGAACAUACGUGCCGCCAUGUGCACCUAGCAGCAGCGGGCGUGUUGUGGGCAGCAGGCAUAUAACCGCACGCGCAGCAGGAGGCAAGGGCGGGGGCAAAGACGACAAGGCCAAGGAGAAGGCCGAUUUUUCUGCUCUCUGGGCGUUGCGUAUUAAGAACUUCUUCAGUAGCCGCCGGAAGUAUUUGCAGCAGGCGGAGCAAGUCGGGGAUGAUGACAAGGAGAAGGCCUUUAAAGCGGAGAUCGCAAAGGAGGAGCGAAGCAUCCGGGAGCUCAAAGACGAACUCGUAGCAAUUAGCAUGGAGGAGAUCGAGGAGCAGGAGAAGCAGGGCGAUCCCCGGCCGGCACUUGCGGCGACCGACAUUGCGCAGGCUCGCAUGGAUCUCCAAACCAGCCCCCUGACGCGCGCGGUGCUGGCGGUGGUGCGGGUGCGUGAGCUGCUGCGGGCGCUGCUGCUGCUGCCGUUCAGCGCGGUGGGCGGCGCCGUGGCGGCCUGGCAGGGGCUGUUCAACUCGCAGCGCUAUGAGAACUUCCUCAUGUCCGAGGGAGAGCGCAUCUGGGCCUGGCGCAACCGCUCGGAGAACGAGCGCUGGUUCUGGGAGGUGUUCGCGUGGGACCGACUCAUAUUCCCCAUCCUGGUGAUUGUGGCGUGGGAGUACCUGGUGCCCAACCACCUGGUGUGGGCGGUGCUGGCCCCGCUGGCGCUGCUGACGUGGAUGAGCGGCCGGCUGCCCACGCCCGCCACACCCGAGUUCUGGAUGCUGGCCUACUUCGGGUUCUACCGCAAGGUGUGGCCGGACGCGGCGGCCUGGCUGCAGGGCUAUGUGGUGCCGCUCAUGGGCUUUGCGUGAGGAGGAUGAGCAGCGCAGGAGGGCGAGGAGAGCAGCAGGAGGAGCAGGAGGAGGUGGAGGAGGAGGAGAAGCGGGAGGAAGCGGAGGGCAAAAUUGCUUUUGUUACCAACGGGACCUGCUGACACAGCUCACGAGUAGCGAGACGUUCGCCGUCAUUUUGAAAUGAACCAAACAGACGGCGAGGAGGACGAGGGCAAAGCAGGCGCGCGACCGCCACGAGAGCCUGGGCAAGGGGAUGGGAGGGGGUCUUGUGGGAUGGGGUCACGGCUCGGGGGUACUGCGCGCGGUGGGAGGCAAAAAGGAGGGAACGUAAAGUAGGGGGUGCGGGUCUCCGUACGGACUAGUAAGACAGGACCAAUGGCUUUCUUGGACGCCUACCGGUGCGUUGUGAGACAAAAUGACCAAUGGUGGCCAAUCUGGUCGCCUGUUGUAAACCUGCUAACAA